UACUGAAGCGUAGCGUGCACCCACCACGCAAGGUACACUCAACGAGCGACGUCCAUACUUAACCCCGCCUACGCGCCACACGCGACCCGCGCGCUUCUCUACAGCAACCUCCAAAAACAGCACCCAUCGUUGACGAGACCUCCAAGACAGCCUCUCCUUUUCUGGAUUCCGUCUUUCCGCUUUUGUUCGUUUAGCGACCCCCAAAAAGGGAUUAUACAAGCGUACCCCAAAAAGGAGAAAGAGAGACGACCCGCAUUCUCUGCCGCAAACACGCAUGCGCCUCUCGCCAUCACAGUGCUCCCACGAAACCACCUGUAUUCGCGGUACUCAAAUCUCCCGCAGCUGAUUUGCGGUACCCGCGCACUACCGGUUCAACCCUACACAGACAGUCGUAUUCUCACAUCAAACCGGCAUCAUGGCCUCGGGCCCUACUUCAUACGGCGACUGCGUGUCCUCUCUUCGCGCGUCGCUACGGUUUCUCGAGUCGUCAGUCGAGACAAUAGAUAAUGGCGUGUCCGACUUUCCUCGCCUCAUUACUGCCUUAAAAUCCGUUCGCCACUAUGAACUAAUUCCCCAGCCGACACUGGCUGCCGCCGAAGCUUCUUUACGCGACGAGAUCGGACCAAGCAUCGCGCUGCUAUUGUCACGAGCCGAUGCCCAGAUUGAGCGCCAAGACCGGCGCAUCGAAACAUUAAAAGCACGCGCUGAGCUUCAACAAGGACGUCUGGCCAAGCCUGAUUCGGCAGGCUCAUCGCUAGCCAAGAGUAAACGUGGGCGUGCGCUUACUGGCGAAGAUAAACUACGAGCGCGCAUCGUAAGACAGAGAAAGGAAGCGCUGCGAUAUGGCGUAGAACGGCUAGAGCUUGAGGUGAUGCAGAAGGAGAGAGAGCUACGAAAGAGACUGGAGACACAAUAAGCCCAAGCCAAACUCCUUCACUGUAUAUAUAUCUAUGCCAUGUAUUUAUGACAAUGUUUGAUGACAAAUACACCGCAAUAUGUAAUUUAAUACGAGUUAUAUGAUCAAUUGAUAUCCUGCAAUUAUGUACAAAUUCCCAUCCCAACGCAAACUAUCGUAACGCAGGUGCCAAAAACGGCUGGUAUAUCUGGGCAAGGAAUCAGGGCUCCCCAUAAUCCCACAAACACAAGAAUCACACACCCAAGUAAUGUCAACUGUGUUUUUCCCACGUCUAGUGGCCCUUGGCCAUGAUCUUCCACCUUCGUCCCAGCAUGGCAUCAUGCGCAGAUGUGCGCUGGUGCGUAGGGAGGCAAAGAGAGAAGCGAAAAGAAAGGCAUUGCCGGUGGGCAAGAUGCCGUCUUUUUGAGCAAAUAAAUAAAAAAAGGUGUAAGGGUAAUAAAAAACAGCGUACUCCAUCCAAUACAUAUCCGGGAACCCGCAACGUUCGCAAAAGAAAAUCCAGGAGUAUCGUCAACCUUUCUAGACAAAAGGUGGAAAAGCAAAGUAGGAAACAGGAGAGAAUAUUCAGAGGUCUGCGGCAAAAUAUCGACAAUCUUUUUUAAGCGCUACAGACCUUGGCAUGCGUGUCAAGACAGGCAAGUCUUGCGCUCAGCGCAAAGGACUGCGGGCUUAAACAAGGACGAGAUAAUUGCUCGGCGCAAUACCGGUCUCGCCAUUCUCCUUACGAGCCUGCCACCAGCGGCCGCUAAUGUCAGAAACUUCGAGGAUUUCGUGCUUUCCAAAAGAAAUCUCGUUGGCAUCUUCGGGGUUGGCAUCGUAGCUGUAGAUGGCCUUUGCGCGGUAGGGGUACUCGGUAGGAGGACCAACCUCAGCAUCGGCGCCAGGAGACUUGGACGAUGGCGGUUGCGAGGGCUGUGUAGGAGCCGAAACCGCGGCUUGAGGCUGGAGCUGCUGCUGCUGCUGCGAAACAGAAGUCGUGGAGGCAAAGGUCUGCAUGUUGUUUCCACGGGGACCGACGGGCGAGGCGUUCUCGAAGCCGUUGAGCUGGGAGGACGUGGUGUACAUUUGCGGAGGAGCAACAGAGUUGGAAGUCUCGGGACGACCGACUCCGCCGUAGUUGCUCAUGGCUUGUUGGCGGAUAGCAGAUUCCUUGGUAAGCGCGAAUGAGUCGACAAAGGCGCGAGGAGUCGAAGCAGGGGUCGAGCCAAAGUAGAAAACCCAGACGAUGUCGAUGAUGGCAAGAAGCAGCAUGCCGGCGGCAGCAGCCUGGCGGGAGCCAACAGAGCUGUAAAUAAGAGUGUUGACAGACGAAGAGACCAGGACCAUGCCAGCGGCAGCGUACGAAGACACGGCAACGUGGUAUGUCUGGACAGCAUCGCUAGCAAUGACAAUGAAGACGGUAAUGUUUAAAAAGAGCGUGUAGAAGACGGCCCACCAGCAGAAUCGGUUGAACUCGUCGGGGAAAGGGCCGGUUUGGGUGUUGGUCCAAGCAGCCUUUCUGUUGUUGUUAUCGAUCUGAGCCAAGAUGACGGAGAUGAAAGAAAUUAGAAAAGCAAGCAUUGCAAUCGAGAUGGUGGCAAGGGCGAAGGGGUCACCAAGGACAUUGCCCAUCUGAAUACCGCCUCGGCGUCCGUAGGGGCGCGAGUGCUCCAUUUUUCCAAGAGAGGGUGAAUAGGGAGAGCCGUAACCGCGCAUAGAAGAUAAAAAAGGCGACUAGUGUUCAGUCGAAGUUUGGACAAUCCAAGUCGAGGAGGCGAAGCGGGUUGCGUUGGGUUGAAGGCGGGUGGGCACAGCGCAAAAGGGCUAUUAUACCGAGCCAAAAAGUAGCUGUAGAGCCAAAGACGACAAAAAAAGAGAAGAGCGAAAAGGAAAGUCGGACAGGCGCCAAGAGAAGCAAGAGUCCGUGUUGUCAAAAAAAAAAAUGGCGAGUGUCGCAGGGCGGC